AUCAUGUCUGAGUUACCGCUUCAAUUAUUCAGCAAAAUAAAUAUACAUUGUACGAAGAAACAGAGGAGAAAAACGAAUGAAUAACUAUGAUAUCAUAUUCAAGGUGAUAGACCUAUUUUGUCAUGCAGAUCAAUCAUAAACCAUAUUUAAACAUAAGUGAACGCAAUAAUAUGUAUAUAUUUUGUUACACCCUAAUAGGUAGAAAAUUUGAUUUCUUAUAUUUCAGGACUUAAUAUAAGUCACUUUUUCAGAGUAAAUACAUAACCGAAAUAAAAUGAACAUAAGUUUAAAUAGUGCAAAAGAAACAAAGUGGAAUAUUUUGCGUACAUUAAAAAUCAUUAUAGAUCUGAAUAUGUAAAUGUCAAGUUAUGUUUGAUCAAGUUGAAUUAGUAUGAUAUGUCAUUGUAUUAAUUUGUGUGUCAGAAGGUGGUAAUGAAAAAUUCAAACAUUUUUGGUACCCGCAUAUAUGCUCUAUCUUAAUAUCUAAGAAGCAUACUGAAGCCACUUCAACAUAGCUUCAUUAAUGUUGUACAGGAUUCAUAAGAAUUAGAAUCAAAUAUCUCGUUAUUAUCCAUCAACGAUAACGAAACAAUGGUAAACAAUGAUGUUGUAGCUUUAUGCACUAGUAUUCCAAUUGAUAAAUGCAUAGACUUCGUGAAUGAUUUACUAGAGAAUGAAAAUACUCUAUCUAGCAGAUGUCCAUUAAGCAUUAGUUCAAUCAUGAAAUCGCUCAAACUGUUCUUGAAUUCAACAAUAUUCAUUUUCACAGGGACUUUCAAUAAACAAACAAAAGGAGUAGCCUUGGGAUCUCCAGUAUCGCCGAUUGUUGCCAAUUUAUUUAUGUCUCCAAUUGAGUCUUAUAUUUUUGCCAGUAACAACAGACUAUGCAUCUGUCGCAGAUAUGUACAUAACACAUUUUUCAUUAUUUAAAAAACCCUUUUGGAGAUUUCUUUAAACACAAACACAUUCUCGCAAAACAUCAAAUUCACUUUCACAAAGGAAGAUCAACAUAGUAAACUACCAUUCUUCAAGUGUUUAGUUAAACGAAAUUCUAGUGGAAGUCUAAAUCUAAAUUAUUCCCCUAGUGCACAUUCUGUACUUAAUACUGAUACAUCACCUAUAGGAACUAGUGCAGUUUUUGAGCAGAAACGUAGACCAGUAAUUAGUGUUCCAUGAAAACUUACAGUUGCUGAACAAAGUUAUUCACAAACUCAGUGAGAAGCAUUAGCUGAUUUUUGGACUGCUAAACGACUUCAUAAAUAUUUAUUCGAAAAACUUCACUAUUGUUACUAAUCUUGAAGCUUUAAAGUUUAUUUAUCAUUCUGAAAAAUCCUUAGCACGUAUCUCAGCUGCCAUGGUUCAACGAUGGAGUACAGCUCUGAGUGCCAAUAACCAUACGAUUAAGUCAAGAAGUCUCAAACAAAUUCAACAUGUUGACCACAUUUCUUGACACGCAUUGCAAGAUAAACCUGUCAAUA